GCAAACUUGGCAGUGCAGCAGAAUCGUCUGGCCAUAGCUAAUGUGGACCUUCAGAAGGCCCAGGCUGAGCUGGAUGCCAAGCAAGCCGAGCUGGAUGUGGUACAGGCGGAGUACGAGAAGGCCAUGAUGGAAAAACAGACCCUGCUGGAGGACGCUGAGCGCUGCAGACACAAGAUGCAGACGGCGUCCAGUCUCAUCAGCGGCCUGGCUGGUGAAAAGGAGAGAUGGACUGAGCAGAGCAAAGAGUUUGCUGCCCUGACCAAACGCCUUGUUGGUGACGUUCUUCUGGCCACAGCGUUCCUCUCUUACUCUGGCCCCUUUAAUCAGGAGUUUCGUAACCUCCUACAGAAUGACUGGCAGCGUGAGUUGAAGCAGCGUCACAUCCCGUUUGGGAACAACCUCAAUCUGACCGAGCUCCUUAUUGACGCACCCACUGUUAGUGAGUGGAACCUACAGGGGCUCCCUAAUGAUGACCUGUCCAUUCAGAAUGGCAUAAUUAUCACAAAGGCUGCCCGAUUUCCCCUCCUGAUCGACCCCCAGACGCAGGGAAAAAUCUGGAUCAAGAACAAAGAAGCCAGGAAUGACCUGCAG